GAGAUGGGGUGGCCCAUGGGGGGAUGUGGCUCCUGGCCUCACCCCGGCAGUGUUGUACAGGACCCCUGGGUCGUUGGGGGGCGGGGGGAGCUGUUGCCAUGGUGGCCUGUGUGCAGCAAAUUCCUCCCGGGUGAAACAGGAGAUAUUUAUACCCAGCGUCAGGCAGAGAGCGGGCAGGCAGCCGAGCGCAGGAGAGCCGGGACUGUCUGGGCACAGGGAGACCACUGGUUGAGGGCAAUGGCAUCGCCCAGUCACAUCCUGGCUUUCUGCGUCUGUCUCGUCACCAUGGCCAGUGCAGAAGCUCCGAAGGAACCUGACCCAUUCACCUAUGAUUACCACACCCUGCGGAUCGGCGGCCUCACUAUUGCUGGGAUCCUCUUCAUCCUGGGCAUCCUUAUCAUCCUUAGCAAGAGGUGUCGGUGCAAAUUCAACCAACAGCAGAGAACCGGGGAGCCGGAUGAAGAGGAGGGAACUUUCCGCAGCUCCAUCCGCCGUCUGUCCAGCCGCAGGCGGUAGAACCUCCACCUGGCUCCGGAAAACUCCGCCAGGGCCCCCUCGACACCUGACACGUCUCCCCCCCAGCCGCUAGCCCGUGGCCACCUCCAGCGUCCCCCGCCCCAGCCCCGCCUCUCGGACACCCUUACGGCUCAGACCUCCAAUAAAACUCGGUUUUCCUUCCUGAUAA